AUGUCGCCUCCAACUACGGCACAAGAUACGGAUAAGCGGUGCGCCGCGUGCCUAUUCCGACUACAGCACGAGGUACAGAGCCUGAAGGAGGACACGAGCUUCUCAGGGGAUUUCGAGCCAAAGGAUGUCAAGGACUACGAACACUGUGUAGACAUUGAACUACUCGAAAGAUCGUCAAAGCGAGGAUGUCAUAUGUGUACACACAUCAAGACGACGUUGGUCGACCAUUACGGAGAGGGGCAGGUGGACGACAUCAAUUGGGAGCGAGGCGGUUUCUUUGUUGGGCCUACGAUGGAGCCUUGGGAUGCGUUCAUGCUCGCCGACGAUGACAGCCGUGACGGCGAAGAGUUCCAUGGGAAAGGGGAAGCAGCGCAGGAUCAAACUGUCCUCCACCCCUUUCUCGGGCGGUUCAGCCAUCCUAGUGGUGACACGUCGAGCGCGAAAGCUCUGGGCCGCUUCCAGGGAUGGCUCUCACGAUGCCUAGAGGAGCACACGCACUGCGGCGGCUCGGACGAGAAGCCGAUGCCCCAUCGUGUGGUGGAAAUCCUGGACUACGAGACCGCCCAGGUGCGGCUUGUCGACACGCGAGGGACGCAUGGCAAAUAUGCCUGCCUUAGCCACCGGUGGUGCCCGGAGACAAUGCCGGCCUCGCUCACCACCAGGAGGCGCCUUGUGUUUGAAGACCAGAUCCCCGAGAGCUCGCUCUACCCGUUGCUCCGGGAGGCCAUCGCCGUGGCGGGCCAGGCGGGCAUGCGGUUCAUAUGGAUCGACUGCUUGUGUAUAAUCCAGGACGACCCGCACGACUGGGCGGUCGAGGCUAGCACGAUGGCGUCCAUCUACGACAACGCAUUCCUGACCAUCGCUUCGACGGGCUGCGAGAGCGGCAGCGGGCUCUUCGCGAAGGAUACGCCGUACGACGCUACCGAGAUCCCAGUGACCCCCGAAGCAUCCAUGUGCAUCCGGCCGGUCCUCAAUCACCCCCUAUGGAGGACCAAGCACCGGGCCAUCGAGAUCUCGAUCGACGAGACGGCCUACCCCCUCGUGAACCGCGGCUGGGUGUACCAGGAGCGCGCGCUGUCGAAACGGACCAUCCACUUCACUCGGACGGAGCUCGUCUGGGGCUGCGUGCAGGACACCUGGUGCGAGUGCCGCAGCACAUACCCGCUCCGUCCCGACCAGCGUGCCGACCCCAGCACCAGAACUGCUGCCAUCGUGCCAAGCCACCAUCCCCAGGAUGCCGCAGAGACGUCCUGGGACAAGAUAGUGGCACGGUAUACACAGAUGGACCUCUCCUUCGCCGAGGACCGCCUCCCCGCCCUAGGCGCCAUGGCGAGGCGGUACGCCAAGUACCACAGCCUAAACUACGUUGCCGGGCUCUGGCGAGAGACCCUGGCUCGCGACCUCUCCUCCUGGCGCCUGAAUCGCCAUGGUGGUACCGUCGUCCGGCCCAGGCCGCGGCCGCUGCCUGCGCCCACCUGGUCGUGGGCGUCGGUCGCGGGCCACGUGGCGCUCGACUCGGACGCUGAGGCGGAGGCGCCGGGUGAGUUCCUCGAUAUUGUCGGCCACGAGGUCGAGCCUGUCGACGGGGGCGACGUGUACGGCCGGCUGCGAGUCGCGCGGCUCGCUGUCGUCGGGCCCGUGGUAAUCGGCGUGCUCGCCGAGGCACCGCCGCACGCGACGGGCGGACCGGGUCCGGGGAACAGUCUCGCCCCCGAGGCGCCGAAUCAGGGCUUCAUGCGGGUUGGGGAUGAGGUUUUGACGUUCCGCGCUGACUAUGACUUCACUGCGCCGGGCCCGGACCGGCUGGAGACCGGGAUGGAGGUAGGCUUUCUGCUCUGCCAUCGGUGGAGGUGCGCUCAUGGUCUUGUGUUGCGGUGCGUGGACGGGGAGCGGGAGGGAGCGGUGUACGAGAGGAUUGGGACUACGGGGCAGCUGAUGUAUAACGAGCAUUUUGGGAUACGCACGCCGGACGUGCCGUGGUGUCUUGAGCGGGCGGAGAGGAUUCGCAUUACGUUGGUAUGA